AUGCGCGUACAAUCAUAUAACAAAGGCGUGGCGACUAACAUGACUAGCAGCCCGGUGAAGAUUUCGAGGACUUCUCGACGUGAGCAGAUAGACUCUAGUGCACUGGCGGUUUUCCGCGGUCUCGAAGCGCUAAAAUCCGAACACAAGAACUACUUGCUGUCGCUGGAAGAGCUCGUAGAGGGAAACGAGGGAGACGUUCAUCCUGUAGAGCACGAGAAAAUUUCUAUACUUCAUUCGUCGCUAGAAAAGAUUGACUCGGGUCUAGACGAAGCGAAGCUUAUUUUGACCGUGACGCGCCACUUGAAUGUUAUUGAGGCCGAGAAACACAAACUACGUGCCCAAGUACGACGACUCUGCCAGGAGAAUGCGUGGCUUCGGGAAGAGUUAGAUGCAACCCAUGAGCAUCUACAGCAGAGUGAACAGAAGGUGGCGGUGCUUGAAGAGAAGCUAGAGCAAGCAGAGUUCAUGCUUGAAAUGAAGAAGAGUGAUGAAGGAAAUGCACAGGAGUUGGACAGUUUGACUCAGCAGAGUGACGUUGAGCUUACAUUCAUUGAUCCAGCAGAUGAUGGGCCUGGCGAUCCUCAGAUGACAACUGCUGACUAUGAAGUUCCUGCCAAACUUCGGACUCUACACAACUUAGUUAUCCAGUAUGCCUCACAAGGACGUUACGAAGUAGCCGUACCUCUUUGCAAGCAGGCGCUUGAAGACUUAGAGAGAACGUCGGGUCACAAUCAUCCAGAUGUUGCCACAAUGCUUAACAUUUUAGCUCUAGUCUACAGAGACCAACAGAAGUACAUGGAGGCUGCAUCAUUACUACACGAUGCUUUGAAAAUUAGAGAAACAACACUGGGAGAUAAUCAUCCUGCAGUUGCUGCAACAUUGAAUAACCUGGCCGUGCUCUACGGCAAACGUAGCAAAUACAAAGAAGCUGAGCCUCUAUGCAAACGUGCUUUAAUCAUCAGAGAAAAGGUCCUCGGCGUCGACCAUCCCGACGUCGCCAAGCAGCUGAACAACUUGGCUCUACUCUGUCAGAAUCAAGGGAAAUUCGACGAGGUUGAGGGCUAUUAUCGUCGAGCAUUGGAGAUUUAUAUUUCUAGGCUUGGACAGGACGAUCCGAGCGUCACGAAGACGAUGAAUAACUUGGCUUCUGCAUACUUGAAGCAAGGAAAAUUUAAGGCAGCAGAGACUUUAUACAAACAGGUGUUGGUUCAUGCACAUGGAAGAGAGUUUGGCGGGCAAGAAGAUGAUUCAUCGAAAGACUCUCAAUUAACAAGUACAGGCUCAUCCAGUAAAGCAGCUUGGAUACUCGGUGGUAGUCAACAGGAGAUCGAUGGAUUAGAGGUGCGUCGUCAGAGACCUGCACCGUACACAGACUAUGGUGGCUGGCACAAGGCAAUGAAGAUGGAUAGCCCGAAUGUGACGACUACAUUGAAGAAUCUCAGUGCUUUGUAUCGUCGUCAGGGCAAACUUGAAGCGGCAGAGGCGAUUGAGUCGUGUGCUAUUCGUUCGAAGAAACGGGCACUCGAUGUAAUAAAGCAAACAAAGGUUGCCGAAUUGCUUGGAAUCGAAGCGACCGAAAUGGCUAGUGGGCGUACAGAGCAACCCCCUGUUACGGAUGAUUCAGAUACAAAGAAGGCCAAACGACGAUCGUCUUUCUCCAAAUUGAAAAAACAUUUGUCGAGUAAAUUUAGUCGAAGCAGAAGCAGCAGUAUGGAGGAUCUGUCUCACACCAGGAGUGCUAAAUCUCCGUCACUGCCAAGGGAAGGGUCGUCAUCUACGUUUAGUUUCAAGGAACGAAGCAAGUCACCAGUUACUACUGGUGUUCGAAGUGGCAGCUUUUCAGGAAUGAGAGGGCCAAUCAAAGGGGAUCACUCUGUGCCUAUUCGAGAUGAUGUCUUUAAUAGCAAGUAGAUAGAAGAGGUCUAGGUAUGUAAAGUCUGAAUUAGUAGUAAACAUGUACUACGUAUACACGGCCAAUAUGAGGCUACAUCAUUUCAAGUGGAAUGCUUUCUAUAGAGGUGAUUAUGAAAACUGCAGCUAUAUGAACAAAA